GUGCUCCCGUCCUCAUCUUCCCCGUCACGCCGACGUCCUUCCAGGCCCCGAGCGGAGCAGGAAGGGGAACUCUUUUGCCGCGGACUCAAAGCGGAAGUUGCUUUUCUAGCGGGGAGGCCGGUGGGGGAGGAGCGGACUGAAGGGAACGUGGGGGCAACGUUGCGCUGAGUGGUGUGGAGCUCAACCUGGAACAGCAGUUUGGUUCGGCAGAGUGCGAAGAAGGGGAGUGCCCGCGGCCGGGUUCAUUGAAAAAUCCUUAGUGAUAUUGACAUGUUUCAAGUGGCAUAAAUUAGCCCAUGACUCGGAAUGAUGGAUUCCCCGAAGAUUGGAAAUGGUUUGCCAGUGAUUGGACCAGGGACUGAUAUAGGGAUAUCUUCACUCCACGUGGUGGGGUAUUUGGGAAAAAAUUAUGAUUCAGCUAAAGUCCCGUCGGAUGGGUAUUGCCCUGCUUGUAGAGAGAAGGGAAAGUUGAAAGCCUUAAAGACUUACCGAAUUAGUUUUCAAGAGUCUGUCUUUCUGUGUGAGGAUCUACAGUGCAUAUAUCCUUUGGGCUCUAAAUCGCUUAAUAACUUAAUUUCUCCUGAUUUGGAAGAUUGUCACACUACAAAUAAGCCUCAAAAAAGAAAGCUCUUGGAAACCAACUAUAAAGAUUCCCCUGUUGUAGCAUGUUCCAAAAAGACUAAAAGUCGUGUUGUUAUUGAUGGUGAACAAGUUUUGAACAGCAAACAGAAUGAAGCAGCAUGUGAUGAAACGUCAUCAGACUUACCUGAUGUGCUACACAGUGGUCAGCAGAAUCCGGGUAGGACAGCUGAUUCCUUGGAACAGGGUGAGAUUUUGGAAGCUAAUAUUGUUGAUGUGGCUGCUGAAGAAGAUCCUGCUACAAUUGAUGUUUCCAGAACUGGAGGGACUUCCCCUCAAAAUGAAGGAUGCACCUCUGGACUGGAAAUGCCGUUGGAGAACAGAUGUACAUCACUUUGUCAGACUUUAUGUGUCCAGUGGAAAAAUGCUUACGCUCUCUGUUGGUUAGACUGUAUCUUGUCGGCAUUGGUGCACUUGGAAGGGUUAAAAAACACUGUGACUGACCUCUGCUCUAAAGAGGAAUCUGUGUUCUGGCGAUUAUUUACAAAGUAUGAUCAAGCCAGUAAGCUGCUCCACACCAGUCAAUUGGAUGGAGUUGAAGAUGGAGAUUGUAAAAAACUUACUUCCGAAAUAUUUGCAAAGAUAGAAACCUGUCUGAAUGAAGUCAGAGAUGAAAUUUUUAUUAGGCUUCAGCCUCAGCUUAGAUGCACAUUAGGUGACAUGGAAAGCCCCGUGUUUGCAUUUCCUCUGCUCUUAAAAAUUGACCCACACAUUGAAAAGCUCUUCACGUAUUCUUUUUCUUGGAACUUUGAAUGUUCACAGUGUGGACACAACUAUCAAAACAGAUGUAUGAAGAAUCUGGUUACCUUUACAAAUGUCAUCCCUGAGUGGCACCCACUUAAUGCUGCCCAUUUUGGUCCAUGUAACAGUUGCAACAAUAAGUCACAGAUAAGGAAAAUGGUACUGGAAAAAGUGUCUCCCAUCUUCAUGGUGCACUUUGUAGAAGGCUUACCACGUGAUGACUUGCAGCACUAUUCAUUUCACUUUGAAGGCUGUCUUUACCAGAUAACUUCUGUAAUUCAGUACCAAGCAAAUAAUCAUUUUAUAACAUGGAUUUUAGAUGCUGAUGGAAGUUGGCUGGAAUGUGAUGACUUAAAAGGUUCAUGUUCUGAAAGGCAUGAGAAAUUUGAAGUUUCUGUUUCAGAGAUACAUAUUGUUAUUUGGGAAAGGAAAACAUCUCAAAUGACAAAUAAAGCAUCUGCCUGCCCUGCACUUAAAAAGGCUAAUGAUGAGCACGCUGUCGGUGAUGAGAAACAAGCAUCUCCAGCAUUGUGUUCACUGGGCGAUGCCGCCUCAGCUGAAACAUCCUCAGGAACUCACCCUACAAAUAUGUCAAUUGCUCUUAAUACUCUUGCACAAGAUGAAGCUGUAGCUCAUGAAAAUAAUUUACUUUCAGGUCCAGAAGAUUUGGUUGACAAUAUUUUACCUUUGACACUUGAAGAAAUACAGGUUAACCCUGAAGGUUUCCUGUUAGAAGAUAAACCUGUGGCAGAAAAUGCAGGAGUUAUCAAAACAAACACUUUGCAAUCGCGAGAGUCACUAACAGCUUCUUUAGUCUUAGCUCCAUGUAAGGAGAAGCUUACCCAAGACCAAUUUGUGGAUUUAAGCUUUCCAACUCAAUUUGUAAAUACAAACGUGCAAUUAGUACAGCUGAAUACAGAAGAUACUGUAAUUACUAAGUCUGUGAAUAAUGUUCAUGCUACUGAUGCUAUGCAGGAAGUAAAGUCAGUAGAAUUUGAGGGUACAGUUGCCCUAGAGAAGGACGCUCCAUUAAAACAAUUCCUUUCACCAAAAACUGAGAAAUUAAAACCAGAACAACUUGUUACAUCUCAGGUAUCUAAUUUGAAGAAAGAGGAAACUGCAGCAUUUUCUCAAACCAUAACAGCUAAGUCAUUACAGAGUCCAUCUCUGAAAGAAAAUCAGAAGAAACCAUUUGUGGGAAGUUGGGUGAAAGGUUUAUUAAGUAAGGGUGCUUCUUUUAUGCCACCCUGUGUUUCAGCUCAUAAUAGAAACACUAUAACUGAUUUGCAGCCUUCAGUUAAGGGGGCAAGUAAUUUUGGUGGCUUUAAAACUAAAGGUAUAAAGCAAAAGGCUAACCGGACAUCCAAGAAAGCUCAUAAAUGUUCAAGUAAGCCGCCUCCAGUUAGUAACCCUCCACCAAGUCUUCCUUCAGGUAGCCCAGCUUCUCAGCUCCAUGCAAAUGUUACUGCACAUUCGGAAGUUUUGAAGAAAUGUGAAAACACCUCAUCUGGAGCUCACCUCAACCACAGUUCUCGUGGAAGUGAAGGUGGUGUUUCUUCGGCAAACCAUGGAGACUUAGUGGAGGGUCAGAUUCAUAAACUUCGUCUAAAACUUCUUAAAAAACUUAAGGCGAAAAAGAAGAAAUUAGCUGCUCUAAUGUCUUCCCCUCAAAAUGGAACACAUCCAAGUGAAAAUUUAGAACAUGGGUCCCAUUGCGGGUCUCCAAAUGACUGUGGAUCAAUAGAAGACUUGUUAAAAGAACUACAGGAUCAAAUUGAUAUUGCCGAUAAUAAAUCUGGGGGCACCACAGUUCCUAGUAUUUCCUCGUAUAGCAGUCAGACUCAUGAAGAAAUUUUAGCAGAGUUAUUGUCUCCAACAACUAUUGUUUCAGCAGAGCUCUCGGAAAAUGGGGAGGCUGACUUUCGGUAUUUAGAAAUGGGAGAUAACCAUAUCGCAGCACCAGUGCCUAGUGACUUAAAUGAUACCCCCCAAAAUGCACAUUUGAGACAGGACCAUAACUAUUGCAGCCCCACCAAGAAAACUCAGAGUGAAGUUCAGCCAGACUCAUUCAUAAAUAAUGCUGGCGUUAGAACAUUGAACUUGGAAAGUUCCAUGAAGACUGAUAUUUUUGAUGAGUUUUUUUCUACUUCAGCAUUAAAUUCUUUAGCAAAUGACACAUUAGACUUACCUCAUUUUGAUGAAUAUCUUUUUGAGAGUUGUUGAAUGCUUAUUAACUCCUUAUUUUAAUAUUUAUUGUUGCUCUUGGAAAAACUUACUAUGUUUUAGGUAGUGUUUAUGCACUGGCCUUGUCAUGAACAAAAUAUAAGCUACUGAAGGUUUUACCUUGGUUCUGACCAUAAAAUAUGUAAUCUGUUUUACAAAUUAAAAUGAUCUGGAAUUUG